UCCAAGAGAGCUGUGAAAGUUGCUUAUGGCCUUCAGGGCUUUGUGUAUUUUCUCACAUAAAUAUACAUCUCUUUUCUUUGUUGUUUUCCAGGAAACAAUCAGAGUCAAUGUUAUGAUGUUGAAAAGCAAUGGAGAAUUUCACAAAGGGCAGGUUGUGUUUAAUAUCACCUAUGUUAAUGGACAGGUGUAUCUGAACGAUUUUCCUAUGAGAAGCGGAGUUGCUCACAUAACGUGUCAAACAGUAAUAUUGGAGAAUGGAAGCCUGGAUGACAUGGUAGAGCAGCAACGCCUGGGAACUGUCAGCGUUCGCAUCAUGGUUCAUGAGUGGCCUUUGGCAUCCAGUUCUGAUUUGCAGCUGAUUGUCAUUCAGGAAGAAGUGACGGAAAUUGAUGGAAGACAGGUUCAGCAGGAAGAAGUAACAGAAAUAGAUAUCUUAGUGAAGGACCUGAGGGUACUGAGACAUUCAAACUACACCGUCCCUUUGAAAGAGAGCAUGUUGUAUUCCAUCCCAAGGGACAACGACGUGCUAUUUACGCUUCCCAACCUCUCAGGAAAAGAUAUUCAAGAUCCACUGCAAACUACCAGUCAGUACCUGAUCUGGCAGGUGGAAACCACAGUGGAUGAAGAGACAUUACCUGGCAAGUUACCAGAAACACCUCUUAGAAUAGAACCUCCAUCCUCCUACAAGGUGAUGUGCCAGUGGGUGGAAGACUUGAGAAAAUGGCUCUGCAGAUUCUGGUUUAAAUCUUUACCCAUUUUCUUUAAUCUGAUGGAAGUCAUUGUGGUUGGAGUUAUUGGAGCAGCGUUCAUUCUAAAAGUCUUAAAGGUGAUUUUCCCUUCCUGUGAGCCCAAAAGCAUCCUUCUCCUGGAUCAAAUGAGCUUUGUACCUGUGAUUACCAUCAACUUGCCUUCAGAUGUUCCAGACAGGAAAAAUAAUUUAGAUGAGAAAACAUGUACUUAAUAUUGUAUUUACUUCAGAGUUGCUCUUUUUUGUUGUUGUUGUUUGUUUGUUUUUAAUGAAUUUUUAGUUGACUUGAAAUUUGGCACUUGAUCUUAAUACUUUGUUUCCUACUUAGAAAACUAAGCAAGUUGAUUAAUUGGUAAAGGGAUAGUCAGGAUGAGGCCCAAAGCUGACUUCCUUGUACCUCUUCUUAAACAUGCGGCCUUUUUCAGAAGCUUCAAAAUACAACAGCUACCAUUGGUUUUAACUUCUGUGAAGUCACUUCCCUCUGCAGCUCAGACAUGAUGCUGGCUGCCUUCACACCUACAGAUAAACCAGCUCUCCUAAGUAGCCAGCUGAUGAAAUUCAGGGUGUCCUGAAGUCUCCAAUACCACUUUUCAGAAAAAGACAAAGGAGUACAACAAAUGUUACGUGUGCCUGCAAGCCAAAACAGAGCUGCCCAACCUGGGUUCAGAUCUCUUAGGGUUGAGUGUUUGAGUGUGCCUUGCAAGGAAAGUAUCACUACCAAACAUCUGUAUUGCUCAAGUAAUUUGACAUAUAUGCAAAACAAAAUUUAAAAAGGUAGAUUUAUAUUUCAAGCACUUUAUACUUAUAUGAUCCCCUAAUGCUCGUAAAAAUUGUUAGCACUACUUGUAACCUGGCUUAUUCACAAGGUUCUUUUUUUAUUUGUGACAGUGCUAUGUGACAUUUCAAAAUCAAGGAAAAAAAAAAAAUCUACAAUACUGGCUUACUAAGUAGGCCCAAUCUUCCCAUGCUGAUUUGUACUGUUCAUGUUUUUCAAGUAAACAUUUAAAUUGUUUAUUA